GAACAAACUUACUUGUGAACACUUGAUGAUUUCGAUGUAACAGUCUGAAGAUAUUUUAUUAAUACAUAUAUUAAAAUGGAGAUACCUGUGAAUUUUAUGGAGAAGUAUAUUCUUGAAUUGAUUUUGUUGACGAUAUGGCUACUGUACUUUUGGAAUUAUUAUUUAAAUUUACGUCAGAGGAGAUUAAUGCAAGAAUUGGUUGAUUUACCAAAAUCUGUUGAAGGAUUAAUGACUAAAGAUGUGUACGAAAAGGCUCGUGCAUAUGCAUUAGACAGAAAUAGCUUUGGUAUUAUACAAGACAUAUAUUCUAAGAUUUUUAAUACGAUAAUAUUAGUGGCUUAUGGCUAUUAUUAUAGUUGGCAAUGGAGUAUCAAAAUAGCUAAAUACUUUGGCAUUAAUGAAGAAAAUGAUAUACUGCUAAGCGCAAUAUGUAUGUUUAUUAUAAAUGUUAUUUCUCACAUAAUUAAUCUGCCAUUAGUGAUAUAUGAUACUUUUAUUUUGGAAGAGAAGCAUGGUUUCAAUAAACAGACAACUGCAUUUUUUAUUAAAGAUGAGAUUAAAAAAUUUGUUGUAUCUCAAAUUAUUGCAUUGCCUCUUCUCUGUGGCAUGAUUUGGAUUGUGAAAAAUGGUGGUGAUUAUUUCUUCUGGUAUUUGUGGAUAUUAUCAGUGGUGGUCUCAUUAUUUAUGAUGGUCUUGUAUCCAGAAAUAAUAGCCCCAUUGUUUGAUAAGUAUUCGCCAUUACCCGAUAGCGAAUUGAAACAAAAGAUUGAAGAAUUGGCAGCUUCUUUAAAAUUUCCCUUAUACAAGUUAUUUAUAGUGGAGGGUUCUAAAAGAUCAUCACAUAGUAACGCUUAUCUGUACGGUUUUCACAAACAUAAAAGGAUUGUUCUUUUUGACACUCUUAUUAAAGGUUAUUGUAAGAAAGACGAUGAUGCUGAUAAAGAUUGUGGCUGUGAAACAAACGAAAUAUUAGCAGUCCUUGCACAUGAAUUGGGUCAUUGGAGACAUAAUCAUACUUUGAAAGGAUUUCUUCUUAGCCAGAUAAUGUUUGUAGCCAAUUUUGUUAUGUUUGCAAAACUCUUACGAUAUACACCAAUGUAUAACGCUUUCGGUUUUGUGAACUCUCAGCCCAUCUUUAUUGGUCUAAUUAUAGUAACAAUGUAUAUUUUAAUACCGUUGAAUACAAUAUUCAAUUUCGUUAGCGUGGUGAUUGGCAGAAGAUUUGAAUUUCAAGCAGAUGAAUUUGCUACAAGAUUAGGUCACGGCGAAGCUUUGAAAGCAGCUCUGUUAAAACUACAAAAGGACAAUUUGGGAUAUCCAUUGUUCGAUAAAUUGUAUUCCAGUUGGCAUCAUUCGCACCCGCCUAUCAUCGAGCGUUUAGAAGCGAUAGAUAAAAAAAAGUGAGAUUUGAAGUUUUUCAAUUCACACGGUUAUCAUAAAUGGUUUGCAGACGUAAAAGAUAAAGUCCAUAGCUUACCGAUACGGGUAUUAAUUAUUAUUUAAAUUAUUUACAUUUUAUGCAUUUUUUUAAAUUUUAUUUUGCUAUCUUAAGUGAACAUAAACAUAGUCACAAAACAAUAAUGCUUCCUGUUUAGUCUUACAAUAUUAAUAUGAUCAUUUAAUAUUCUAUUUUUAAUUUUAUAUCCUCCCUUAACUUAAUAAAACUUAAUCGAAUUAGAGAAUAAAUUUCUA